AUGACUCCAUCAAAGGACGAAAACAGCAAACCCGGGCGAGAGCCCCUUCUCUUGCGUUUCAGGUCGUCAAAACGCAUGAUCCUUUGCACCAUUACCAUGGCCAGCUUCACGGAUACCUUCCUUUACUCCAUCGUCGUGCCCGUCUUCCCCACAUCGCUAGUCACCCGUGCGAAUGUCCAUCCAGAAAACGUUCAAUCCUGGCUCUCCAUUCUGCUGGCGAUAUAUGGCGCAACACUUUUGGUGGCAGCCCCAAUCACAGGCUACAUCCUCGAUAAAUGCUCAUCUCGCAGGAUACCCUUUCUCACUGGCCUCAUCACGCUCAUUGGAGGGACUGCCAUGAUUUGCGUGGGGAACUCGACGGGCCUGCUGAUUGCCGGAAGGGUCGUCUCCGGAGCUUCUGCAGCCAUUGUCUGGACAGCAUCUGCCGCCAUGAUCAUUGCCAAUAUUCAGGAAGCGGAAGUUGGGAAGGCAUUAGGACUCGCGGCUCUUGCCUUGAAUAUGGGCGGUAUGGCUGGUCCUAUCCUCGGUGGAAUCGUGUAUGACCAUGGAGGCUAUUAUGCAGUCUAUGGAAUGGCAUUCGGAGUACUCAUGGUGGAUGUCAUCCUGCGGAUAAUCAUGAUUGAGAAGACCGACGCAGCGAAAUGGAUCAAGAAAGAGACAUCUGAAAAGCCAACCGAAUCAACAAUCAACACCGACUCUAUUGUGGUGGAUCAACCUCCAUCAAACGCCGACAUCCAACCUCAACGGGCUUGGAAGCGUCGUCUCCCCCUGAUGAUUCAACUUCUAGCUUCCUACCGGAUCUUCAUCGCGAUAGUGGGAAGUUUUGUAACGGCUCUACUCUUGGCGGCGUUUGAAACGGUACUACCAUUGUUCGUAGAGACGAACUUCCACUUCACUGCAACCGGUGCCGGACUCAUCUUCAUACCGCUCAUCCUCCCAUCCCUCUUCGAUCCUCUCUUUGGCCACUGGUGCGAUAAACAUCCACGAGCCGGGAGAUUUAUCGCAGCGGCAGGAUUUCUAUGCGCAAUGCCUCCAUUGGUACUUCUCCGUCUGGUCAAAGGUGGAGACACAGGCCAGGUGGUCCUUCUUUGCGGCCUGCUCGCAAUUAUAGGACUCUGUAUCGCCAUGACUGCUCCGCCACUGAUGAUUGAAAUCAACCAAGGUAUCGCUGCCUUCGAACAGAAGCAUCCCGGUGUAUUCGGCAGUAGGGGGGCUGUGGGACAAGGCUAUGCUUUGUUCAUCUGCGCUUUUGCAGCAGGAACCUUGCUUGGACCUUUGCUUGCGGGAUCCCUUAAAGAGAAAUCUAAUUGGGGUACGAUGGGAUGGGUCUUGGGAUUAUUUAGUGGAGUUACUGCUAUACCGAUAGGUCUUUGGCUGAACGGAUGGAUUGGCAGCGUMAAGAGGGAGUAG